UGUCAGCCUAAUGUGGUUACUUAUGGCACACUAGUAAAGGGCUUUUGCAUGAAAGGUAACAAUAGUGCCUAGAUGUCUAUAACACAAUCAUCGACAGUCUUUGUAAGGAUACGCUAGUUGAUGAUGCAUUAAACCUCUUCUCAGAAAUGAUGUGCAAGGGUAUUGCCCCAGAUGUCAUUACCUAUAACUCUUUGAUGAAUGGAGUUUGCAAAUUAGGCGAGUGGAAAGAAGCUGCAAGGUUGUUGAAUGAAAUGGUGAGUAAAAAUAUCUUUCCAAAUGUGUUAACGUUCAACGUCUUGGUAGACACACUUUGUAAGGAGGGGAUGAUCGUGGAAGCAGAAGGCGUGGUUGAAAUGAUGAUUAAGAGAGAUAUUGAUCCUGAUACGGUUACAUACACUACACUCAUGGAUGGUUACUGUUUGCGAGGAGAAAUGGGCAAGGCACAAGAAGUUUUCGAACUAAUGCUUAGCAAGGGCUUGGUGGUUAAUGUUGUUAGUUACAACAUAUUGAUAAAUGGAUAUUGUAAGAAUAAAAAGAUUGAUGAGGCCAUGAUGCUUUUUCUGGAUAUGUCUCAUAAGGGACUGGUUCCAAGUACCGUUACUUAUAGCACUCUUCUGGACGGCUUUUGCAAAACGGGCAGAAUACAGGACGCACAAAAUUUGUUCUCUAAGAUGCAAGCUUGUGGCCAACUUCCUGAUGCUCAAACUUAUUCUAUUUUACUGGAUGGCCUGUGUAAAAACCGACAACUUUCUCGGGCAAUGCAAUUGUUUGGAGAGAUGGAAGCAAAGAAGUUGGAUAUUGAUAUUGUGAUUUAUAGUAUUCUUAUUGAAGGUUUGUGCAUAGCUGGAAAAAUUGAAUCUGCAAGGGAUCUCUUUUGUGGUUUAUCAUCAAAAGGACUUCAACCUGAUGUGAGGACAUACACUAUAAUGAUUAAUGGACUCUGUAUCGGGGGCCUAACAAGUGAAGCGGAAAAGUUGCUGGUUGAAAUGGAAGGGAAAGGCUGUUCUCCAAAUGGUUGCACAUAUAACACAAUCAUCAGAGGGCUUAUCAGUAACAAAGAGACAUCAAGGGCGAUGGUACUUAUUCAACAAAUGGUGGAGAAGGGUUUAUCUGCAGAUGCAUCAACAACGGAGUUGAUAGUUCAAUUACUGUCCAAAGAUGAAGUGGAUCUUACUUUGUUGCCGUUGAUAAAAGAAUCACUGUGAAAUUAAUUUGCAUCUGUGGUCAAUGAACUGGUGCAUCUUUGACGACCAUAAAGGUAUUACAGUGGUCGUGGGUAUGGCAGGAGGUGAAAAUGCCUUCUCACUUGUAUCCGGAAUUUCUGGUAUUAAUUCUGUUUCAUGGAAUCUCUAUUUUAUUUUGUAUGGGACGAUAGGAGAACCUCUGUUUCAACCAAAGAUCCCUUACAAACCUCUGUCCACUGAUGCAAGAGCACAGUGGACAGAUUUUAUCUUUGCAUGAAGUUUCUCAUAUAAAAUUGCAGACAGAUUUUAUGUACUGGAAACAUUGUUUGAUGGGUGAUAAAUCUAAAUGCUGUUGCUAUUGUUUAUGUACUGGAAAUAUUUUCUUUGACUUUGUUGGAUGACUGAGGGUUACUUUGAGACAGCAUUUUUGGUUAAGGAUGUUGUUAUUGUUAUGCACAGCAUUAUCUUGUAGAAUUUUCGUUCUUGCACAUUACUUUUUCUCUAA